AUGAAAAGUCCUAUACCUAUCUGUUCUAAUUGCGGCGCCGGCUUUGACGUUGAUGCGUCCUACACCGAGUCGCUGAAACAGAAUCUAGAGCUACUGCGAUCCGGAAACGCAUUGUUAUCUGCUGAAGCGGCUCUCUUCCCCGAGUUCAUCAUGCACGCGGAGUUUGACCUCUUUCGGUAUGACCGAGAGAUUCAGUGCCACCUAGAUACGGUUGAGAAGCUGAGGUGUGAUCGCGCUGAAGUCGAAGAGUACAUAAAGCAAAAGAAGUCACUUCUAGCGCCUAUUCGUCGUCUCCCGCCAGAAUUGCUGUGUACCGUUUUCAAGGAGGCGAUAAGGGCGGAAGACCCGACGUCUUCACUGCGAAUCGCCCUGGUAUGCACCUACUGGCGCCGUCUCGCCGUCUCUACCCAUUCAUUAUGGUCCACGAUAAACCUCGACUUACAAUGCCCAUUUUCCAAGUCGUCUCGUGAUAAUCACGGGGCUUGGAUUCCUCUAUACCUCCACCGCUCUCAAGAUGAACCUCUCCAAAUCGACUUCCGGGAUAGUCGACAUAAUGACGUCGACUUGGUUACGUGGCCGUCGCCCGGAUUUAUAUCUGCUCUUUUUGCGGAGGCACGACGCUGGAGAGAAGUUCACAUUUCAUUCAUGCAUUCCCGACCUUUCUUUUUCCUCGGAGAGUUCAUCAAAGAUGUCACAUUCCCUCGACUAGAAUUACUCGAAGUCACAUAUUUCGGUGGAUCGAAUACCAUCAACGCCAUGACCUCCGUUAUUCACCUCGCUCCCAAUCUUCGAACGCUCUCUUUCAAAGGACAUCUUUUAUCCAAUGAUGAGGGAGCGCCUAUGCCUUCGAACAAGAUCCGCACGUUCAAGGCAGACAUGAUUCUCAGUGAUAUUGGACGUUUUGUCUCGACCAUCGCUUCUAUGCCCGAGCUAACCCACGUUACUGUUGGGUGCUUUACAUGCCGCCACGCCGCAGAUCGUCCAGUCGAGGUACUCCAUCUAACCUCAUUGACACUUCUCAUGCACGACUACUCUUACAACAACCUUCAAGCCAUCAUCAAGCCUCUGCUCUUGCCGAAUUUAGCUUCACUGUCUUUGGUACACGAGAAAGAUGGCGUUUCAACAGGGAACCUAUUCAAAUUUUCCCAUCUGGAGCACCUUCUCCGGUCUUGCGCCAAAUCGCUACGCCGGCUUCAUAUCCUAUAUCUCCCUAUGGACGCGAAAGACUUGAUCCUUAUGUUCGAGGCAAUGCCACGGCUUCGCGAGCUUGCUAUUCAUUGGCCCCAGGCGCCUCAAGCUUCAAUCGAAGCAAUCGUUCGAUAUCUAGCUGACACGCGUCCAAUAAACCUACCACACCUCUCGUCUCUUGAGCUGGUGUGGUGUCAGGAUGUUGACGAAGAGCUGAUAAUAGAUAUGGUGGAAGUGCGGAUGGCUUGUACGUCUCUUCGGCGGGUGACUUUGGGUAGGGAUAUGCCCCACACUAAUCUAGGAGACAAGGCGAGGAGACGGAUGCAUCUUCUUGGGCUGGACGCCCGAGAAGAUGGUGACUGA